AAGGAAGAAAGAAAGAGAGAGAGAGAGAGGGCAUUUUUAUUUUUAGCAAGUUCGCUGCGGUUCUCUCUCUCUCUCUCUCUCUCACUCUCUCUCCCUCAAGCAUCGGUCGCAAAAACCGGUUCCUCUCUCGGGGCACCACUGCUCUCUGAGGAAAGCACGAGGAAUCAAGAGAGAAAGAGAGAGAAAGAUACGAGUCCAGUAUACUUCAAGAAUCUAAAGAGAAAGAGAAAGAGAAAAAGAGAAAGAGAAAGAGAUAGAAAGAACGUGGAAUUUGCUCGUGUCCCAAUACACAUAGUCGUCGACGUCGUUUUCACGUUCCUCUAUGUAGAUAUAUACAUAUAUAUAUAUAUAUAGAAAGAGAAGACACAUUCGCAACGAACCACGCAUACACUUGUCUCUCUCUCUUUUCGACUUGUCUAUCCACUAAUCUAUUGUUACUCUCUCUCUCUCUCUCUCUCUCUCUCUCUGACAAGCACACAUACAUAUCAGCAAAGAUAGCAGACAGACAGCAGACACACGCGCAUACACACCUCUCUAACCUCCUACGUUAUAUCGAUCGCAUAUGCACACGACGGAUUAUAGUCUACUAGACUUUUAGACGAACGAAUCUUUUACUUUGUUAUUGUUAAAAAUAAAAGAGAAUAUAAAAAGGAGAGAGAGAGAGAUCGGAUAAAGGGGGAAGAAAAAUCGUUAUGUGAAGAAUGGCAACCGAUUCCAGCAACAACGGGAAUAACAAUCGUCAUCAUCAACAUCAUCAUCAUGGGGUCAGAGCUGUCGCAACGACGACUACAGAUCCAAGACGUAACGAAAAGCGCGCCGUGGCGGCUCGAGGUGCCGCUGGUGCACUUGCUCUCAGCGUAUUGGCUGUCGUGCUCCAAUCAGCUGCCACGGCUACCCCCGCUUGGGGAUACUUCACCAAUCCCGAUGCUGGUACAGCUGCGGAAAAGGGUUACUUCGGGCCAUGGAGACAAUGCAAGUUUCUUUUAUAUGGUCGAGAAAGAUGUGGCCAAGGUGUCUCAAGGUUUCAACCAGUGUUGGCUGUGUGGGUGGCUGGAUUGGCUGCUGCAGCUGCUUCUACAUUACUCGCCAUAUUGGUUGGCCUUGCCGUACUUCAGCUUGCCAUGGCUUCAUCAGCGAAGAAGGUUGUUAUUUCGUAUAGCACUGCUCUUAUCGGCAAGGUCGCCCUAGCAACCUUGGCAACGUCAUUGGCCAUCGUAGCUGCAAGUUUAUUUGCUUUGCAAACGGAUGACAGAGCAAACAGUUUUGUUGUUUCGAGAGGAGAGGCUUUUUAUAUGCAGUUAGCUGCCAUCGCCUUGAAUUUUGGCGUGCUCGUUUCUGCCGUUUACGAGGGAAUUUACGCACGAAGGGGUGGCGACCCUACAAAGAUAAGAACCAUCCCUGAUCCUCGUGCAGCCACCAUAAAUAAUCCAGGAUAUCGAGAACACCAUCGACCGACGAAUGGUGGAAGUAUUUCAAUGACGGAUGCAAGUGGUAAACCAUACGUGGGUGGUGCCGGAAAUGGUUCGAUGGCGUCCGUAGCAACGUCAGGAAGUGCAGCUAGUACUGCAUCUCCUUUAAGAAGCUCGUUAAAGAAGCCAAAACCCCUCGGAAUCCACAAUCCAGGAUUCUCAGCUCAUAGUCCAACAUUAUCGAGGAAUGGCUCGCAAAAGAAAGUCCGUAUUCAAACGCAUUCUACGGAAGUUUAAGAAUGGUAGAAAAUCAAGGUCAAUAUCUAUUUUUUCCUCAACGAGAAAAAAAAAGAAAAUUCGCCCAUGAAGAAGUGAACGGAAUAAAGAAAGAAAAAGAGAAGAAGAAAGAAAAAAAGUUUUGCAAAGAACUAUGGAAAAAUCAUGCAAAUGAUUUUUCUUUUUUUCUUUUUCUCCCAAGAUGACCGAAUGUGUAAAAUAUAUUCAACGAGAUCGUUUUUGCAUUUUUUAUUGUUUAUGUAAAUCUAGAUCGAUAUCAUUAACUUUUAUGAAAUCGAUCUCAAAGAUUACCGAUCAAACGUCGGUAAGGUAGUUCUCUUCUGCUUUGGUUGUGAAACUAAACGCGUGGUGAUAUAAAACGAAUAUAUAUAUACAUACACAUAAUAUAUAUAUAUAUAUAUAUACAAUUCCAUAUUAUUCCGAAUUAAACUAGAUUCAUAAGAAAUAUAAUAAUUAAUGUAAUUUAAUUAGAAAAACGUAAUUUGUUUAUUUGUUAAUCGCACGCGAGUCGAGAAUAUAUUAUUGUAUUUAGUAUGACGAUUUGUUAAUUAGUUUGAUUAAAUGAUUAGGUGAAACCGGUCAUCGAUUAUAUAAUCGUUAUUAUUUUUAAUUUACAAAAAAAAAAAAAAAGAAAAAAGGAAAGAGAUCGGACGAAUUAAUUUAGAAUUAACUUUUACAAUAAAUCUUGCGAGAACGAAGUCUUUCUCGAUUUAAUUAAUUUUUAUUUGAAUUAUAUUAAUUUAAUUAGUACGUCCUUGAAAAUUAAUUAGAAAAUACUUAUUAUUGCAUCACAUCCGUCCAGCCCUAAGCAGGCAGCUAGAUACACAGAGCGAGAUAUAUAGUAUAUUAUAUAUAUAUAUACACAUACACAUACACACACAAACGCGAAUAUAAAUGUAUGUAUAUUUAUAUUUUUUAGCAAUUGUUUUGAUAUGGGGUGAUCGAAAAAUUUUUAGAUCGGCCAAAAGUUCUGAAACCAUUUUAAAAAUCGAUUACUUCUUUUAGAGAUUUCUCAUUAAUUAAACUUUCAGCUUAACGAGCAAAAAUUUGAAGUUUUAAAAUUCGUAAAAAAAAUAAACCUAAAUGAUCUCGAAAAGAUGUAAUUUAUUUUUA